UCUCUACUCUUCUUCAGAGCAAUGGCCGAGAAAAAUCAAAACGACGCAGUAUCUACACCUCCGUCCUCUUUGGAUCUCGAGCUUAACAUCGCCGGCUUGAAUAUCGGCGACCACAAAUCGUCAAUUUGCCAAGCUGAGCUCCAAAUCGCCGGCGAGAACAAAUUCCUGGACGAACGUGAAGACUCGAAUAUCAGCGCUGUUACAAACGGCAACAAGCCGUACACGUCGGCGAGUAAUUUCGAGGAUCUGCAUUUAUCAGAGGAGUUGUUGAAGGGUUUGUAUGUGGAGAUGGGGUUCAAGAAGCCGAGUAAAAUCCAGGCAAUUACAUUGCCUAUGAUUUUGACGACUCCAUACAAAGACUUGGUUGCUCAGGCUCACAAUGGCUCAGGGAAGACUACUUGUUUCGUGCUCGGGAUGCUCAGCCGUGUCGAUCAGAAUGUGAAAGCUCCUCAGGCUCUCUGCAUUUGUCCCACCAGAGAAUUGGCACUUCAGAAUGGGGAGGUUAUUCGUAAGAUGGGGAAGUACACAGGGAUAAAUGUAGAGAGUGCUGUUCCAAUGGAGAAGGAAAAAUCUACACCAGUGAAGUACCGGCCUCUGGUAUCAGCACAAAUUGUGAUUGGAACACCUGGUACAGUUAAGAAUUUGAUGUCAUACAAGAAGCUGGGUGUAAGCGGUGUGAAGAUUCUUGUUUUCGAUGAAGCUGAUCACAUGCUGGCUGAGGAUGGAUUUAAAGAUGAUUCUUUAAGGAUAAAAAAGGAGAUAGAGAAAUUUGACACUCACUGCCAGGUGCUCCAGUUUUCUGCUACAUUCGAUGAAACAGUCAGAAAUUUCAUCUCAAGGGUGGUGAAGGACAAGAAUGAACUAUUUGUUAAGAAAGAAGAGCUAUCCUUGGCAGCUGUGAAGCAGUACAAGGUCUACUGCCCUGAUGAACUAACCAAAAUUGAUGUGAUCAAAACCAAGAUAUUUGACCUAGGGGAGAACAUUGGACAGCGAAUCAUUUUUGUAGGGUCAAAAGCUAGUGCAAGAAUGUUGCAUAAACAACUUCAUGAGGAUGGUUAUGCAGUUACAAAUGUUCAUGGUGCCCUCACUCCUGAACAUAGAGACAAGACGAUUAAAGAAUUCAGAGAGGGUUACACCCAAGUUCUUAUUGCAACUGACAUGCUUGCUCGAGGCUUUGACAGCCAGCAGGUUAACUGUGUUGUCAAUUAUGAUCUUCCAAUAAAGUAUCAAGCUUGGUCUAGGAAGCAAGCAGCUCCAGAGCCUGAUUAUGAGGUGUACUUGCAUAGAUGUGGUCGGGCAGGGCGUUUUGGCCGCAAGGGAGCUGUGUUUAACUUGCUGUGCCAUGAUUCUGAUCAACAACUCAUGGGAAAAAUUGAGCAGCAUUAUAGCAUUCAAGUACCGGAGGUUAACAUAAGUGAAGAAGCUUUUGACGAUGCUCUCAAGUUAGCGGGAUUGAAGGAAUGACCGACAUGACCAAAGUAUAUAUCCUGGGCAAAGAGAAAACAGAAGGAAUGAGAACAGAAAUCAAUUGGUUUGCCCUUUUGUUAUGAUUCUGAAUUUUUUCAUGAAAUUUAGGUGGCAGCUGUUGUUUUGAUUGCCAAAUGUUCUUACAUUGCAAUGUGCCGGGUUCAAACAGAAAUUGCAAACCAAAGCUGAAUCAUAUCAUUGCUGUAAUUACAAGCAACAUGCUUGGUUUACCAUUUA